GUAGUCUAGUACACGGUGUCCAGGUUGCACGGUUGUGGAGCUCUCCCAAGGGCAACGGCCCGGUCUUCGGCAGCUUUUGCCCCAGCAGCGACGCAUUCUGCUCCUGGUCGCCAGGUUGCCAGGCCGCCCAGCAUGAUCAGUCAGUCCAGCCCCUAGCAUCCAGCAUCCAGCGUCCAACAUCGUGGGCCAAGGUCUCGUGGGCAUCGUCCCACGGCGGGCUGACCUCCUCGAGGCUUGACUACUGUGGUAUCUCGUGAGGCUCGUCUGGCAGUCUGGGCACCCGGUCAGGGGCCAGGGUGGGCUUCCCAGGAGGCUGCCAGGCCAUUUUGCCAGGGUCCAACAGGAAUGCUCGACUGCGUACCUACUACAUAGUAGCCAGGUAAACAGCCAUUCGUAGUGUCAAAUCCCUCACUGUCUGGGGAGACCCAGUCUCUUGGUACUGUACAGCUCGAAUGAUGGGGAAUGGGGAAUUCCUCCAAUUCGUGGUCUUGCUGCCCCUCCAUCCCCUCUCGGUCAAUUUCUCCGAUGCCAGCCUCUGCCUACUCGACCAGCCAGGCCUCUCCCUACUACUCCGUCACCAUUGGCCAAUCGACCAGGCUCACAUGUUACUUACUAUUUAGACAAUUGAUGCCGUUCACCUAUAAACCUCCUCUUCGUCUCUCCUGCUCCCUCAUAUUCUACGCUGCCCUUCUAGCACGUUGACAUCUUGGCAUACCCACGUUUGAAUUCAGGAAUCAGCACAACAACAGCAGACACAAUGGAGCCUCUCAACGUCUUGAUGAUCGGCACGGGCGAGUACACCACGGGCUUCGUGGGAGGCGGUGCUUCUGGGUCAGACAAGAAGGUCGGUGUCGUCGGCCUGUCCAUGUUUGACCUGCGCAGGAGAGGCAAGGUUGGCAAGCUGGGCAUGGCCGGUGUCAACGGCAAGAAGUUCCCUGCCAUUCGGGAGCAUCUCAACAAGAACAUUCAGCAGGUCUACAACAACCUGGACACCUCGUUUGAUUCAUUCCCUGACAACAACACCGUCGACCCGGAUGCUUUCAAGAAGGCCAUCGACCAGCUCAAGCCCGGUGAUGCUAUCACCAUCUUCACCCCCGACACAACGCAUUUCCCAAUUGCCCUCUACGCAAUUGAGCGCGGCAUCCAUGUCAUGAUCACCAAGCCCGCUGUCAAGCUUCUUGAGCACCACGUCAAGCUCAUCGAGGCUGCGCAGAAGGCCGGUGUCUACGUCUACAUCGAGCACCACAAGCGCUACGACCCGGCCUACGCGGAUGCCCGUUUCAGGGCCCAGAAGCUCGGUGACUUCAACUACUUCUACAGCUACAUGUCGCAGCCCAAGUCACAGCUCGAGACCUUCAAGGCCUGGGCAGGUGUCGAGUCGGACAUCAGCUACUACCUGAACUCGCACCACAUCGACGUGAACGAGUCCAUGGUCACCCAGCUCGGCUACGUGCCCGUCAAGGUGUCCGCCUCGGCCUCCAAGGGCGUGGCGACCGGCCUGGGCUGCAACGAGGCCACCGAGGACACAAUCUCACUGCUCGUGCACUGGGAGAAGCCCGGCGAGCCCGGGAAGCAAGCCACGGGAGUCUACACAGCGUCGUGGACAGCGCCCCAGAAGGCCGGCGUCCACUCCAACCAGUACUUCCACUACCUGGCUGCCAACGGCGAGAUCCGCAUCGACCAGGCCAAGCGCGGCUACGACGUCGCCGACGACAGCGCUGGCCAGCUCAUGUGGUACAACCCCUUCUACAUGCGCUAUGCCCCAGACGAGGAUGGAAACUUCAACGGCCAGACCGGCUACGGCUACAUCUCCAUGGAGAAGUUUGUCGACGGCUGCCGCGCCGUCAACGCCAAGACCCUGACGCCCAAGGACCUGGACAACAAGGGCCUGCCUACGCUGAACAACACGAUCGCCACGACGGCCAUCCUCGAGGCUGGCAGGAGGAGUAUCGAUGAGAACCGGGAGGUUAGGAUCGAGUCAAAGGGUGGCGUGUGGAAGCUGGUCUAGGAGAAGGUCGGCUCAAAAUUCCCCAGGAGCAUCUUGCGUAAUUUAGAUUGCAUUUUUGGUUUAAGAACAGCCAACUUGAGAACUGAAUGAUCCCAA